AUGUCUUUCCGCGUAAUCGAAGAUGUCGCCUACCGCACCAAAGAGGGUGUCAAAGCCCCCGACCCCGUGGCCUACGAACAGAAGAUCUACCAACGAGGUCUAGAAUACGAACGACCACCAUUCACCUUCCAAAGCCUCAAAUGGGAAGCCCAGGCCGAAGAACGCAUGGCCGCCGAAUCCAAAGGCUACGUCGUCGGCAACGCUGGAACAGGAGAAACAGCCAGGAAGAACCGCGAGGCGUUUGCCAAAUGGUCCAUCGUGCCCAGCCGUCUGAACAAGACCAGUGAACUACCAAACCUCUCGACGCAGGUUAAGAGGAUCUCAGAGCAGAGAUUGCCGUUUCCGAUUGCGAUUGCGCCUGUUGGGGUUCAGAGGAUCUUCAAUCCGGAUGGGGAAGUUGCGUCUGCUAAGGCCGCGGCGAGGGAGGGUGUUCCGUAUAUUAUGAGCACGGCUUCGAGUACGAGUAUUGAGGAUGUGGCGAAGGCGAAUGGGGAUGGCGUGAGGUGGUAUCAGCUCUAUUGGCCGUCGAAUGAGCAUAACGAGAUCACGGCUUCGCUUUUAUCGAGGGCGAAGAAGGCUGGCUUUUCGGCUUUGUUUGUUACCUUGGAUACGUACAUUCUUGGGUGGCGUCCGAGUGAUAUGGACAAUGGCUACAACCCUUUCCUCCGAAGCGACAAUAUCGGCGUGGCAAUCGGCUUCGCUGAUCCCGUCUUCCGAGCCCAGUUCAAAUCGAAACACGGAGUCGAGAUCGAAGAGAAGAUCCACGAUGCCGCAGCCGAGUGGACCCAGACGGUCUUCCCAGGCUUCUCCCAUAGCUGGGAAGAUAUCAAGUUUCUCAAGGAGCACUGGGACGGUCCUAUCGUCCUGAAAGGAAUCCAAACCAUCGCUGAUGCCCAGAAGUGUGUCGAGCUCGGCCUGCAAGGUAUUGUCGUGAGCAACCACGGCGGUCGACAGGUCGAUGGCGGCGUCAGUUCGUUGGGAGUACUUCCUCGAAUCGUCGACGCGGUAGGCGGCAAAAUCGACAUAUUCUUCGACUCUGGCAUCCGAUGCGGUGCGGAUAUCGCCAAGGCAUUGGCAUUAGGUGCCCAAGGCUGUCUCAUCGGAAGGCCCUACGUCUACGGCCUGGCUCUGGGAGGACAAGAAGGAGUUAGCCAUGUGCUCAAGUCAUUGCUAGGAGAUUUGGAGCUGACACUGCAUCUCGCUGGCAUCCAAUCCGCCAGCCCUGAGCAUUUGAAUCGAUCAGUGUUGAUUCGCGAGGAUGAGUUGUGA